GUAACCCUUACUGAAAGUUUCCCAACAGCCAGCACCACUUCAUUCCCACUUUCAGAAAUUUCCUCAGCAGUGGGGUCAAGCUCAUUACCCGCCACUUCAACUUUGCCAACAAUCACAAGUUCACCACAAAGCACUGCAACUUUAGCACCUGUCACUGAGACCUUGGCAACAACAGAGACAACUUCAGUGCAAGCGACUACAUCAGCGUUAGUCAGUGAGACUUCGUCUCCGCAUCAAACCACUUCCACGCUUGCAACUUUGACGCCCGUCAGCACAAGUGUGACACAAGUAAAAUCAUCUUCAACACCACUGGCAGCAACUUCAGAGUCACUCAAGACAUCUUCGUCACCAGUCACUUCAUCUCCAAUAACUCAAACUUUACCCCCACUUUCUUCAAGUCAGGUACCCCUAACUGAAAUUUUGCCAACAGUCGGCACCACUUCAUUUCCACUUUCAGAAACUUCCUCAGCAGUGGUGUCAAGCUUAAUAUUAGCCACUUCAACUUUGCCAGCAAUCACGAGUUCACCACAAAGCACUGCAACUUCAGCACCUGUCACUGAGACCUUGGCAACAACAGAGACAACUUCAGUGCAACCGACUACAUCAGCGUUAGUAAGUGAGACUUCAUCUCCGCAUCAAACAACUUCAACGCUUGCAACUUUGACACCUGUCAGCACAAGUGUGACACAAGUAAAAUCAUCUUCAACACCAAUGGUAGCAACCUCAGAGUCAUUCAAGACAUCUCCACUGGCAAUAAUGACAACUUUACCCCCAAUGAAUGCAACACUAUCUGUCACUGAGACUUCAUCAUCCAUUACUUCCACCGAGGUUCCAUCAACUUCUCAUGUUCCUGGAACAUCUGCUGCACGAACAACUAAAAGUUCUGCUUUGGAAAUUAUUACAACAGUUGCAGCACUACAGGAGCCAAAGUUGAAGUUGGGAUUCAAAGUUUUUGAAAAUUUUACAGAAGAACUUCUAAACAAAUCCUCACCACAAUUCAAGAGUUUCUCCAACAGAGUAACUACAGCUUUGGAUGAACUCUAUACAAAUGAAUAUGGUGCAAUCUUCAAUCGAUCUGUUGUGAAAUCUUUGAGGUACACAAUGUUGCUGUUUGUUUUUUUUUUUACACUUUCAAAAGCAUUUGGUUAAUUUGUCUUAUCCACUGGUUGAAUAUAUUUCACAAGUACUCUGAGAUACUAUUCUGAAAAGCCCCGCCAAAGCCUGUUAUCAUGGCGUGCCUAUGUUUUUGUUUUGUAUUGUUUUGUUUGUUUUUAUGUUUU